AUGACCAGUCUGAUCCCCAGCGCGUCGACGCCGACGCACCUCGCCGACCACGAGGACGACGACCACGCGGAGCAACGUGGAUACAUCAAAGGCACCGACUACUCGCUGCCGUACUUCUCGCAGUGGUCACGCAUCCACGACACCGAGGUCAGCCAGGGCCUGCUGCGACAUGUCAACUGCGGGUAUCUCUCGACCUGCGGCGUGCCGCCGACGCUGCUGGCCCUCAAGCAACAUGCCCAGUCGCUCUGCGCGCUCAUCCACCUGCUGAACCCGACGGUGCACUCGGGGCAGAUCGGCGUGGGCGGGUUGUCGGGGGAGAAGAAGAAGACUAAAAAGACGAACGACCCGCAGACGUCGUUGGAGUACCAGCUCAACGACGCGUUUGACUUUCUCACGGAUCUCAGCGUGCCCUACACCAACGACGACCCGGACCACCACAAGACGCUGGGUGCACUCGUCAACGAAGUCCGCAGCCGCAACGAAGUGCUCGGCCAGACAACAUACCACUGCCCAUUCGCCGAGACCACCACUGUCGCUCCAGGCUCAGCCCGAGACUGGGAAGACAAGAAAGAAAAAGAAAAACUCCGCCCCUACGCCUCGCACCACAACCUCAUCAUGCACGCCAACGCCUGCCUCGAACGCCUCGACCACGAAUUCAGCUCCACCGGCGGCCUCAUGUCCAUCCUGCCGUACCCCCCAGGCGGGCCCCAUUCCGAGGCGGACACCGCCAACCCCUUGAACAAACACCUCAACAACGCCAUCCACCACACCCGCCACCGCACGCCCGACGCCGACGCCAUGCACGCCGCGGCUGUGGCGCGCAACAACGAGCUUGCUAACGCGCGCAACAGCCUGCUGGGCCAGUGGCUGCAUUUCACGCAGUCGCUGGUGGCGCGCAUGCACGAGUUGGAGCGGGCGUAUGCGGAUGCGCUAGAUGCGCUGGCGGGCGAGGCGGCGGUGCCGGUGCAGGUGAAGUUGCAGGCUGAGGCUGGUUUGAGUGGUAAUAGUAGUGGGCGGGAGAUUGCGUACCCGCAGGACCGGUGGGUGUUGGUGAAUGCGGGAGACGAGGCGUUUGAUUUGGUGCAUGAGCUGUUGGAUCGCAAGCAGGCGGAGGUGCAGGCUAAGGAGGGAGUGUGGAGGGAGAAUGGGGUUAUUGGGGAUGCCUUGUGGGAGGGGCCGUCUCAGGGGUCAUCUCAGGGGCCAGCUCAUGGGGGGAAUACAACGACCGCGCAAGGCCACGCCCGCGGUAUCGUCUCCAUCGACCUCACAACCCGGUACUACCGCCUCACGACCUCUCCUUCUAACCCUUCCAACCCCAACAACCUCCAGCAAACCCAUCCCGCAAAACCUAAUAAAACCACCCUCUUCCUCCUCCCCGCCUACUCCCACCACCCCAGCGUCUCCUACACCCGCACCCACCUCUCCUCCUCUUCAUCAAACCCCAACCCAACCGCCACAAACCCAACAGUCAUAACCCUCCCAAACCCCCCUAAAAUCCCCACCCACCGCGCUACCGACCUAGAAAAACGCUACACCUCCCAAACGCUACACGCCCGUCGCGCCGACCUGGCUAACAGGUAUUUGUUAGACGAGCUGGACAGAGCGGCAGAGGGUAUGGGGGUGUUAAGGGCUGAGAUGGAGGGGGUAAGAAGGGGGAGGGAUGGGUUGAUGUUUGCUUUUGCUGAGGGGGUUGAUUCUAACAUUAAUGGGGACGACAGUGGGAAUGGGGGUGAAAAAGGGGGAGAAAAGGGGAAAGGGGGACUGGUGGAGAGGUUGCAGGAGCAGAGGGAACGGGCUGCACGAGCGGAGAGGGAGGUGCUUGAGUUGAGGAGGGAGGUGGAGGUUUUGAGGGGGAUCAUCUCGCAUUGCGUUUUGUUACCACGAUGCAUUGAUCUUUUAACGAGUUUGCCUAUUGCUUUACUUUCUCAAAUUGUGUUUUUGCUUGACAGUUUAUCCCCCUCAUUUUUGUCAUUGCCAGGGCAGGGGUCGUGGCACCGCGGGGUUUGUCCGACCUGUUCUGUUCUGUUGCUCGAUACGAGAAUCAGACAGGCCCCGGCGAGGAUAGUCCCACAUACGGCUGGCUACACGGUGACCACGAGUCAACUCGCGAUGCCUAUGCUGCUCUCCGCCGGGUCGGCCUCUCGGCCAGGGAGGAGGUCAUCGUCAUCGGCCUUCCGGACCUCAGCACCUAGCUAUCGACCUCGAUCACUAUCCAGCACCAAAGCACUCGCCCUCACAGCCCUCACUCUUCUCACAACCCACGCCUCAGCCGCGAGUCCACCACUACCCUACACCCCAACAACAAUCCUCCUCCCCUCCGACCACAGCGCAGGAGCCGGAACAGCAUACAUCUUCACCCAGCCCAACGACAACCAAAACGCCGUCGAGUUCCUCGCCCUCAACAUCAGCAGUCUCCGGUCGUCCUCCCUCCAACCAACAACCCUCUCCUCCUCCCUCCCAUUCCUCCCUUCUUCGAGUGAUACCACCGAUGGCGGUUGCGCAACCUUUGCCCCGACCCUCCUCCGCAACGGCACGAUUGCUGUGCUCGCGGGGCAGUGCGGACCUACCUCGUCGUCGGCAUCUACUCUCUGGACUUACACCCCAGCCGACAAUGCAGAUGCUCAGGGACAGGGGACAUGGACCCAACACAGCGUAACACCCGCCGCGGCAUGGGACAAUGCACAGAGCGGGCCCUACGCGCUGGGAGGCGUGGUCGAUUUCUCGCCGCAGUUGAGACCGACGCUGUCGGAACCGAGGUUUUAUUUGUACGGGGGGAUGUGUCCGUCUGAUUCUUCCUCAGGAGGAGGAGAUGGGACGUAUUCCAACCGCAUGCUGCGUUUCGACCCGGCUGGUACUGGUACUAGCGCCAGCAAAGGACCAUCGUCGUAUACCAUGGGGUAUGCCGCGCCCAAAGGCCAGCAACUACCCGUCGCCGAAGCCGGGUUUACGUUGACGGAGUUGACGCCGUCGAUUACCAACCUGACGUCUGGCGAUGGUGACGACGAUAACGCCCAAGGGAACGGAAUAGUAACCCAACAAACAAACCACGUCCUCCUCGGCGGGCACACCCCCACAGGCUCCGUCAACAUGAGCAUGGCCGCCGUCUGGUCUUUGCCGGAGGAAACGUGGAAUUUCAUCGGUAUUGCUCCGCCGUCUCCCAACUCCAACUCAGAUUCCAACUCCAACUCCGACUCGGGACAACCACAAAGCGACCUCGCGCGUCAGUCCACAACCUCCCGAUCCCGAUCCCGAUCCCGACCCCAAAAACGAGACACAACCAGCAUAACAACAAUCGACCCCCGAUCAGGCCACACAGCAGUCCUCAGCGAAGACGGCACGCGCCUAGUCGUCUACGGCGGGUGGGUGGGUGAUGUUUCGCGCCCGGCACGGCCGCAGUUGGCGGUUGUGCGCAUGGGGGUUGGGUUGGGGGAUUGGGUUUGGGAGGUGCCUGAUGUGCCGGAGAAUAUUGAUACUGACACGGCGGGGGGGAAAGGGGUGUAUGGGCAUGGAGCGGUGGUUUUGCCGGGGAAUGUGAUGAUGGUUUAUGGGGGGUUUGGGAUUAGCGGCCAGGGAGUACAGAAGAGGGAGACUGGAGGGGGGAUGUUUUAUAAUAUUACUAGUGGGAGUUGGGCGGAUGUGUAUGUCGCUCCGCCAGCGGGAAGCGGGACUGGGACUGGUACUGGGAGUGGCACCGGCCAAGGAACAAGCCACGGGGGAGAAACUGGAGGAGACGGCUCAGGGUCAUCGGGGUCUGGUUCCAACGGGAAUGGUGAUUCAGACAACAACACCAUCUCAAACACCAAACAAAUCGCCCUCGGCGUCGGUCUCGGCGUAGGCGCCCUCCUCCUCGCCAUCCUCAGCUUCUUCACCCUCCGCUGCAUCCGCCGUCGACGCCAACGCCGAGCUGCGCGCGAUGCCACGCUCAGAGGUCUGUCCCAGGGUUUCAACGAGUCACCAUCCCAGCACGACGAAAUGGCCGAACAACCGGACCACAGCCCUUUCUUCCCGUGGACAGCCACGGCUGCACGGGAAUGGUACACGGGCAGUGGUGACGACCCGUAUUCCCAGGGCCGGAGGUCCCUCGGAGGGUAUGAGACGCUUCGCGGUGCUCCUCCGGGGUCACCACAGUCGCCCGGGACUCGCCCGUCGUCGUUGUAUAUCCCCCCGCCGCCGUCUGCGUCGACGUUUAGUCACGCUCGACCGAAGGGUGCUAAGGGGUUGCAUCAGCCGACGUCGUCGUAUGAUUUUACGCCGUUGCCUGCUGCUGCUGCGCGGGGACCAGGUCGGAUCGAGCCGAUUUAUGAGGCCGAUGAGGGUGACGAUGAUGAGGAUGAUACCACCCAGAAAGGGUAUCCGCUGAGUCCGGAAAGGGAAGAGAUGGAGAUUGAAGACCCGUUCUUGACGCCGGUGCUGCAUACCCCGACUGGUCAACAGUUUCCGUCACAUGCAGGCACAGCACCGGGACAAGACGAUAGAGGCGGCCAGGAACAGCACCCAGACGUGCAACACUGGGUCUCCGACGUCGACGCCUCGUCUAACCCGGCCGUGCCGGUGCUCAAUCUGCCUCGUCCGGCUCGGAGGAGGUCCAACUCGGGUACAUCUCAACCCCAAUCUCAAUCCCCACAACAGCCUUCGCACACCCCGACAAUGACCACGGCAACAACAGUAGCAACAGCAGCCGCCGCAGUCGUAACCCGUCUCUCUUCCCCCUUACGCCGUGGACUAUCCAACAAAUCCGCCCAGUCGUCUCACCAAUUCCCUUCUGCCCCGUCGUCGGUGGCGCAUACCGAUGAUGGUCGGACGGUGAGCAGUCUCUCGGAGCGGAGCGCGUUGAGUUUUGUCCGGGGGAUCGAGGGUGGGAAUGGCAGUGGUAGUGGAAGUGGAAGUGGGAACGGGAAUGGGAGUGGGAAUACGGGAGCAGAAGACCGGGUGCUGUUAUCCCGGCUGCGGAGUACCCUGGCCACGACGACUACCGUGUCUGCUACGACAACCACAACAGUUUCUGCCACUGGUACAGGCGUUGUCAACACAACAACGGGCGGCGGUACACCCACAGCCAGCCCAGCCCGAUCCAAGUUCGCCGCACUACGCGACGAAGGCCCGGGGCUAUUACUCGGUUCCACCGUCUCACCCCUUGACGGCGACGACGACGACAACGACUUCGACUUCGUCUCCCUGCCCAAUCACAAAUCCCGGCCCCGUCGCCGCAGCUGGCUCGGCAGUCUCAAGCGGGUCUUUAGCGGGAGCGGUGUUCCUGACUCUGUCAGUUCCUCCUCUGGUAACGACAACCGCGGUGAGAGCCCGACACGCGAGGGUUUACUAUCCUCGCUUUACCCAGGGGAUGGUGCUGGUAGUCCGGAGUAUGAUGGGGUCCUGGGACAACAACAGAGGAGACGGCAGGGUAGAGGGGCUUGGUUGGAGGUGGAUGAAGACGGGGACGAGGAGGAGUGGGAUCGGGAUUUGGAGAGGGCGGCGGAGCAGCGGACGGUGCAGAUCAUGUUUACUGUGCCGAGGGAGCCGCUGAGGGUGGUGAAUGCUGAGGUGGAACGGGAGGAGAGUGUGUUGAUUGUUGAUCCGGAGGAGGUCCAGUCGCAGCAAGAAGGACAGGAAGAGACGAAGGAGGAGACGCAGGAGCCUCUCAUCCCGUCUCUUGAUGUUGGCUCAACGUCAGCAGGUCAACCAGAUGAGCCAGUCCAGGGUCAACAACCACAACACCAAGAUCCGACCCACCAAAAUCCAAUCCAACAAAAACACCUCAUUGAGCAACUCGAGCGGCCCGACCGACCGAAAUCUCGCGUGCUGAGGAUGGUGGAGAGUUUUGAGUCGAGGAGCCCUGAGAGGAGUCCUGGGUCGCCGAGCUCGCCUAGUAGAAGUCAUGGGGGAAGUCCGGAGAGGAGCCCGGAGAGGUCCUAA